ACCACUGUCUAAAUAUUAUUUAAUUUACAUCACUAAAAUCAAUUAUGUAAACACUUGGUUUGUUCAUUUUGGAUACGUUAGCAGAACGCGAACGUCUUGUCGAAAAAAAUAUAAGUGUCCAAAAAACGCAAUUCCUACGCAUGCGCGCCGCGCGGUCAUUAUGGCGCGAUUUGCAAGAAAACUAUCCAGAUUUGACUGCCUUGACAGAAGUUUUUAAUUGUACGAGAUAUAAUUUUGAUAUAAAUUCUAGGAAAUAAGAUUUUAAACUGACUUUUUAUAAAAUAAUGUCGGCAACAGCUACUUUUACGUCACAGGCUGUAGCCGAAUGGGUGCGGUUAUUUCCUCGUCAAGUAACCGAAACAUACACAAGUUCGGUAACCUUCAUGAAACAGUUGACGGUGAUCGCGGUCAGUACCAUAACGUAUUUGAAGAAUGUGUUCCCUGAAGACAGUUAUACAGUUGAAAACUUCGGAGGUAUAAAGCUGAGGGUUUUGAAGAAGAAAUGUAGGGAUGAGCUCGCACACUUCGUUAGUACUGCCCUUACGCAAGCUUUUGAAGCGUUUGAUAAGAAAUACCUUCACCAACUGGUAAUCUGUUUCUACGACGGCGAAUGUAAAGUCGAAAAUUUAGUUGAAUAUCAUAUUUUCGAAUACCAAUAUAAUCCUGAGGGGGUGACAAUGAACGUUCAUUCUAAGACUCGGGAGAGUGGCAAACGGUCCUCGAGAUAUGCGUUUGAUAAUGUUCGGGAGCGGACUUUACAUAUGAUACGAGCGUGCGUCGUGAUCAUGCAAGCGUGCCAGACUGAGAUGCCCGAGAGCUAUGAUGUUAGCUUGCGCCUGUAUUAUAAUGAGGAUGCACCGGAAGGCUACCAAGCGCCUGGUUUUCUUAGCACCACGGAAGAGCAAGAUCACAUUGAGCCAACACUGCCCGAAACGGUCAAGUUAGGUUGGGUGGAGACUCCGUACCAUAAGCUUACGACUCGUACUUAUAUUAAAGAGAGUAUCGGUUCCAGUCAUGAGGCUAUACCGUCACAAAAUGCACCUGUAAUGACGCAGUAUGAAAGAGACGAAUUCGAAAGCAGUUCAGCAUUGAAAAGUGUGUCCGACACCAGUGAGUGUCGCAUACAGUGUCCGUGCAAUAGGCAAGAUAACGAUGACAACCUUCUCACUUGUCAUACCUGCUCGCGGCAGCAGCACGCAGCAUGCUUCGGGCUGCGCGCGGCGGGCCCGCGCCCGCACUGCUGCGCCGCCUGCCACGACGCGCGGCCCGGCGCCCGGCCCGGCGACGCGCGUCUGGCCGCGCUCGACCACGCCAAGAGAGAGUGUCUGUGCAUAUUCCGUCGGACGUUAGACCUGUGCUCCCGUGUUUCGGGGAUCGCAGCACAAGACCUAGUGGACAAAUUUGCUAUGUCACCCGUGAAUGCCUCAAAAUUAAUGAACUUAUUACACUCGCACGGCAUCAUAAACCGACAAUCCGAUUCUGAUAUGGUAUCGCCAUGUGAAAUAAUCCCUGACCAACUGGAACAAGUAAUGUGCAAAUAUUUCCAACAAGAAGAACCGGACAUGGUUGAUCGCCUGAUCGCGGAAACUCUUUCUCAAGGGAGUAUGUCUGACCCAGUAGGAGAGGUCCUUAGUCCUAUGGAGAAAGUCACACUACAAAAUGCUACAACGCUUGGCAAGAUUAUAGAGCCCGCACCAGCCGCACAAGUCGUGCAAGAUGAAACUUUGAAAGAAUACAUGGAUGCUAUCAUGUGCGAACCGGGAGAAAAUAAUGAGUUGCCUUUAAGUGGAAGCCAUAAUCCUGUCAACGUUGAAGAAUUGGGCAAAAGGACUGGGAAAAGAAAGUCGAAUUCGACUAAAAGAACCGGGGUUAAGACCAAGAGGGCUAAAGCUUCGCACUGAUUUUAUUUACCUAAGUUGCUUGAUUUUUAAGGAUUCUAAUAAAUGUUUAAACGUUAAUUUAAUUAUUUUGAGGAGAUGUUGCUCAAUUUUUACUUUAUUUUA